AUGGGGAGUAGUACGACAGAACCGGAUGUUGGCACUACUUCCAACAUUGAAACAACAACUACUUUGCAAAAUAAAAAUGUGAAUGAAGUCGAUCAAAAUAAAAAAUCCGAGCAAUCCAAUCCUUCCUUUAAGGAAGUUGUUCUCAAGGAUAUUGGUCUAGGUGAAGCAACCGAUCUAGAAAAUGUCAGUGAUGAUGUUUUUAAUAAUUAUUUGGCCAUAAGGUUGGAAAGAGAAAGGAAAGAAAUCGAACUUCUGAAAGAGUCUAAUUUAGAAAAACUAUCAGUUAUUAUUAAAAACUGCAUUGAGUGCAAUUCCUUUACUGAUGAAACCAUGAAAAGAUUAAUAAAUUUGGUAGAUAAUAACUAUAAUAAUUCUGUACACUUUUCACCGAAGUCUAAAAGACGAAAAUUGGAAUCAACUUCACCGCCUAUGUCAUCUUCAAGUGUACCAAAUAAAGAAACAAAUAACAUCCAACAGUCGAAUUCAUAUCAAUUACGAAAUAAUUACGAUGAAGAACAAGAAAACCAAAAAUCACAGACACAAGGAUCUAAAUCACUUCUUUCUCGACCUAAUAUUUAUUCUUUCCCCCCCAAGCAGACCCAGCCAGCUUCUCAACAACAUGUACAAUUAGCUGCUAUUGUCCAAAGACAAUCAACCCUUACAACACCAUUAUCUUCUACAUAUGGUUCGAAUUCAAAUAAUUCCAUGAAUACACAACUUCCUCUAUCUGAUAAAAGUUUAAGAAGUAACGUACAAGAAAAGAUAGUACAGCAAGGGUCUAUGAGUCAAAGAGAUAUCAUUAAUGGCAGUAAUAUGAGCUCUCAAUAUUCAAGUCAAGUUUACCCUCCUGGGUAUUAUCAAACAAGAUAUGGUCAACAGAUGGUGGUGGUUUACCCAGAUUCAGACUCACCUCAAAUUAAUCAAACAAGUACAAUUCAGCAUCAACAACAAUUACCACAUACUUAUCCACCACAUUACCAUCAACAACAGCAAUUGCAUCAAAAUCAAUUAGUGCCUCAACAGCACCAACAAUUACAGCAACAGUCGAUUUCGAAACAUCAACUAUUUGGUCAGAAAAAUCCAAUGUCACCUCAGUCUCAUUACCUACCCAAUAAUGAAUCUCAAAAUUUAGGAGUUAUAAAUCAUAGAAGGUCAUUUAGUUCAGGAACAUAUCCUGUAGUUAAUUCAAGAUCAAAAUCUCCUGAUAGAAGUAUGCCUCUGACAGUACAAAAGCAAAUGAAUUUUCUAAUACAUACUCCAAAGCAUCCUCCUCCAACUUAA